AUGUCCGAGCUUGGAACACAGCGACGGCGGACCUUUCAAACACAGGCAACGCAAACGAUUCAAGCACCAUCAGCAGCUCACGCAAUAGGAGAAACUCUGCCAAUAAGUUCUCUGGAAGAACCUGAAAGAGAGUCCGUUGAAGUUAGAAUCCUCGUAGACUAUUCAAGAAAAACCUGGGGCGCAUGGAGGAGAUUUGCCGUGUGGAGGAAGCCCCGGCUAUCUAAAACGUUCCCUGAAGAGCUCAUAGGCCAUAUGGAUCCAGCUGUAUAUUCGGAGAGAAUCAACAGAAUUCACGCUUGUAUAGAUAGACAGCAAUUUGCUAGGUGGAUGGCCUUUACAGCGGAGAUUAUCGAUUAUAUUGGUGCCAUCACUAUUGUUGCGUUUACAGUGGCAAAUGUAGAGGAAGCGGUGCCGUACACGAGAAUAAUGAUAAUAUUAAUGCUAGCAUUUCAUGUGGUGACGAUGAAUGUCGUUCGUCUGCAAAGGAUUAAGGCUCAAGCCAAGUAUGAUGAAAUGGCCAAAGAAUGGUCGUCAUCAACUGUGAAGUAUGAAUUUGAACCAAGAGGAUUGUGGUUAGGUCACAGGAUGCUGUUAACAAUCGUGGUAACGCAUCGGUCACAAGCCUUUGAUCCUGACCCUGAGACGCUUCCGCCUCCUCCACCCGUCUAUACUCAAGAAGAGGCUCCUCCUCCGAGUUACUCGUUACACGUAGACGCAAACGAAGGACUUCCGGAUACUGUUUCUCUACCUCCUCCGAAAAGAUUCUCCGUUCCUGUAAUAACCAUUCAUUCUGAGGCAGACACGAUAAAUACAGGAUGCGAAACACCACUAAUGGCCGAUUCCUCAAGUGUUUAUGAACUGUUUGGUGGGAGAAUCCGGACAGAAACUUCAGCUGACACUGAUUCUUCGAGUGUGCAUGAAAUGAUUAGCGUGGGAAUACAUCCAAUUGAAAGUCAAGAGGACGAAACAACCAACUCAUCAGACAUUGCUGUUUACGAUAGCUCAUUAACUCCCUUAAUUCCUUCCCACACAAGAAAUGACGAUGGAUAA